AUGACCGACAGUACUUGGAAGGAGGACGUCAAGACGGACGGCGGUAAUGGUGCGACUGGCGCGCGCAACGUGGAAGUGAGAGUCGGCCCACCGUACACGCGCAGCACGGAUUCGCGAGAAGCCGAGGUCGAACUGGCAGAACGGUCAUCGCAAGGCAAUGUGCCAAAACUUGAAGACGACGACGGCGUCGCGACAGCGCACACGAGCGGCGGUAACCACGGCGACAACACAGCAUCUGGGGUCACCGAGUACAAGGUGUACAAGCGACGGUGGUUCGGCUUGUUGCAACUGACGCUGCUCAACGUCAUUGUGAGCUGGGACUGGCUGACCUUCUCUCCCGUCGCUUCUGAUGCCGCCACCUUUUUCAACACAAACGAGAGCACCAUUAACUGGCUCAGUACCGCCUUCUUUUUUUCCUUCGUCUUCAUCACGCCGGUGACCAUCUUUGUCUUGCACCACGGUCCUCGGCCUUCUAUGAUGACGUCGGCCGUGCUGCUGUUCCUUGGUAACUGGGUUCGCUACGCCGGCACGCGCUCGAACUUGGCCGAGGACGGUCUUACAGGGGGCCACUUUGGUGUUGUCAUGUUCGGCCAGAUCCUCACCGGCUUGUCGCAGCCCUUUGUACUGGCAGCGCCUGCGCGCUACUCCGACCUGUGGUUCACACACCGUGGCCGCGUUGCCGCGACGGCACUGACGAGUCUGGCGAAUCCCUUCGGCGCUGCCCUCGGCCAGCUGAUUAUCCCGUUCUGGGUCUACAGCUCCAAGGACAUCCCUAAUAUGGUCCUUUACGUAUCCAUUAUUUCUACGAUUUGCUCUGUGCCCUCCUUCUUUGUCUACGGGAAGCCGCCCACCCCGGUCGCGCCUUCGUCCGAGACGCCCAAACUGGAACUGCUGAAAUCCAUCAAGCACAUCUCGCGCUCGGUCGAAUUCUGGCUCCUCUUCAUUCCAUUCAUCGUUUACGUCGGCUUCUUCAAUUCCAUCUCGUCGUUGCUCAAUCAGAUCAUGCUGCCGUACGGCUACUCGGAUGACCAGGCCGGCAUUGCCGGCGCUGUCCUCAUCGUCGUCGGUCUCGUGUCGUCUGCAAUCUCCUCGCCCAUCCUCGAUCGCACAAAGAAUUUCAUCCUGGCCACCAAGAUCUGUGUGCCCAUUAUCGGCAUCGGCUACCUUAUCUUCAUCUGGAUGCCCGAGACGCACGACUCUGGCGGUCUCGCGGGGCCGUAUGUCGUGCUCGCCGCUCUUGGCGCCGCGUCGUUUACGCUCGUGCCCGUGGCUGUCGAGUUCCUUGUCGAGGUGACCCACCCUGCGAGCCCCGAAGUGACAUCCACGCUGGCGUGGAGCGGCGGGCAACUGCUGGGCGGUAUUUUCAUUAUCGUGUCGGACGCGCUGCGGGCAGGCGCCGAUGGCAGCCCGCCCAGCAACAUGAAGAAGUCGCUCAUUUUCUCGGCCGUCGUCGCGCUCGUUGUGGUGCCCCUGCCGCUCUGCUUGGGCUUGUUUGGCCGCAGCGAGCAAGUGAAGCUGCGGCGUGUGCGGUCAGAUGAGGCGGCCGUGCAGGCGCCUGCUGCAGCGACCGACGUGGAAGCAUGA